AUGGCGUCCACGUUGACAAAGGCGAGCACAUUGUCGCGAUGGCAGGCAGGCUUUUCGGAAUAUGCUCUUACUGGCUUGGAACUCAAAGGUUGGGUGACCCUACUAGCACUUUUACUCCCCCUACUGUCCCUUGUCGCUCUUAGCAAGUACCAUAAGAUGCAACACCAAAGCAAGAAGCCGUUUCCAUUCCUUGAGUUACCACAAGAACUUAGAGAUAUGGUGUAUGAGCAUUUCCUCGAUGAUCCUGCAUACCCGCCACCAGCGCACAACGAACUCCAGCGCUCAACAUUGGAUUGGAUGAGACCAGCACGCUGGUCAUCUGCAUCCACGUCUCCAGGAACGCGGCAAGAGAGUAAAACCAUCUUUCUAGCAAACAAGCAAGUCUAUGGAGAAUACAUGGACAUGAUCUGCAAGCGCAAGACCUUCCACCUCAGCGUCACCCCACAGACGUACAGGCCAGCUACCGCCUCUCCAUCAUCAUCUCCAUUUUCGCCAACAAACUACACCCCAGUAUGGGAGAUUUCGCCCACGACCCUGUCCAAAGUUCAGAAAUGCUCUCUCAAACUCGUCACCACAUCCUCCAUGCUCGGCGUCACCGACCCCCGCUCCAUGACUUCCUCAUCCUGGACCCUCGGCCGCCGCAUGCGCGAACAACUCAAACACAUGUCCUCUGUUCAAGCCUUCACUCUCGAUGCCAAAGCCCUCGGCGAUCCCCUCUGGAACCCACUCUGGAUCUGGUACCACGCUUCCCAGUCGCUCAAGCUACUGGGCACGGAGUUCUCGGACACGGUACCACGGGGCCCGCAGCUCACACAGAUUACGUUUAGUUUGGACACUUGGAGUCCUGGAGAGAACUACCUGAAGAGGGAUGAGAAGUAUGGGGGACAAUGGAUGUGGUAUUGUGCGAAGAAUCAUCUUGUGGGUGCUGACGUGGGAGCCGAGAUGACUGUUAGAGAGUUUUGCGGAAAGUUAUACCAAGAGUGCAGUAUCUGUAGAGUAGAUGACGAGGGGGAUGGAAUUGUUAUUUGA